AUGGCCAGCCAAGGAAAGCAGCCGGCGGCAGCCGCGCUCACAACAGGAGAGACCAACCCACGAGGUAUCCCGACAGCACCCUUUGUUGACAGAGUCGAAGACUACAUCACAACCAGAGAAGAUGUCGAGCCGACGCUGCGAAACUUCCAGGAGUUAAUAUCCAAAUACCAAUUCAUGGAAAUGAAUCUUCAGCGCAGAGUGGCGGGACUCAAGGACAAGAUCCCAGAUAUUAAGAAGACACUUGAUUCUGUCCAGUUCUUGAAGCUGAGAAAGGAUGAGCCCGAGCCCAUUGAAUCAACAUUUGAACUCAACGACACUCUAUACGCCCGAGCAAAUAUUCCCCCGACGGACGAGGUUUACAUCUGGUUAGGUGCCAAUGUAAUGUUAGCUUACCCCAUUGAGGAGGCUGAAGAACUUCUCGAGUCGAAGCUGUCCACUGCCAAGAAAAGCAUGGCCAACUGCGAAGAAGAUAUGGAUUUCAUCCGCGAACAAAUCACUACUAUGGAAGUUGCCACAGCACGUGUAUACAACUGGGAAGUUAUGCAGAAGAGAAAAGACAAAAAGGAUGGCGCAGAUGACGAAAAGGAAGCAGCCAAGGAUACGGAAAAGGACAAAAGUAACUAA